AUGUUUUCACCUCUAUACUCUGCUGGAGGAGUACAUGUGCCGCACCCUAUGUUUAUGUCUUUGCAAGGCAUCCCAAGUGCUUCACGAAUUCCUCAUGUACCCGCAUUCCAUCCCUUCACAUAUUCUCCGAUGGUACCAAAUGGUUUGCAUCCUCGGUACAUCAAUGUUUAUGGAAAUCCUUACAACGGAGAGGGACCACCUCAGUUGCGAAAGUUAUUUAUUGGAGGCUUAAGUCAUGAAACUACUGAUGAUCAAUUACGGCAAUAUUAUUCGCAGUGGGGUACAGUAGUUGAUUGUAUAGUUAUUAGAGAUCCACAGACAAAAUAUUCACGGGGAUUUGGAUUUGUGACAUUUGCGACGAUACAAAUGGCUGAAUCUGCAAUGGCUAACCGACCUCAUACUAUAAAUAAGAAAGUUGUUGAUCCAAAGCGUGCAAUACCUCGUGAACAUAUGUCACCUCUUCUCCCUAAUCACCCUCCACCAUUCCUGGAAAUUGAACCUGAUCCAGGAUGCAAGUUGUCUCUGUCAGGAAUUCAUUGGGCUCGACACACUGUUGAUGAUUUGCGGCAAUAUUUUGAUAAUUUUGGAACUGUUGAACAGGUUGAAAUAUUGGGUAAUCCUCGAGGUCUCGGAUUUGUUGUUUUCGAGUGCAAAUCUUAUGCCGACAAAUGUUUGGAAUAUGGAAAAAUUCAUGUGAUUAAUGGUCAAAAGUGUGAAAUCACUCGUGAUAUGAUGGAAAAACCCAAACAUGGCCGAAACAGUGUAAACUCUUUGGAUUGUAAUUUUUCGGAAGUAAUGGAUGAACACAUGGCCUCUGUUAGUGCUAGCGAGCAAGAAGUAUUUAACAGUAAACUUUUGAAGCCUCCUGAAGAUGGCUUUGCUAAUAGUUUAAGCGUAGCAGAAGAUGAAAAGCUUUGUUCUUUGAAUAAUAUUGAAACGCCUCUGAGACUCAAAGGAGAUGCAGAAGGCAAAAAAACUGUAGUAACUGACGGCAGUGGUUCAAGAUUCUUUAGGGAAGCUAUGGACAAAAAAAAGUUUAAUAGUAAUGGUAAUAUUAUUAUCAGUCAGUAA